AUGGCUGUCGCAAGACCCAUUCGCAUGCUCGGUGCAGCAUGCAUCAUCCUGGUCCUCUUCCUUGUCUUCCAGGUCAACAAAGGCCCCUCCGCCAUCAGCAUUAAGGGGUCUCAGCCUUAUGAGGGCAUCAAAGUAGACCCUCUCCUGGAACCAACCGGAGAACCCGAAGGGAAGUUAUGGCGCGCUGAAGACAACGACUAUGCCCCCGAUAGUCCCAACUCUGCCCGGACCAACGCGGCCUUGAUCUCCCUCGUCCGAAACGAAGAACUUGACGAUCUCAUCCCGACCAUGCGUGAUCUGGAGCGAACAUGGAACAACAAGUUCAACUACCCGUGGAUCUUCUUCAACGACCAGCCGUUCACUCAAGAGUUCAAGAGGCGGACGCAGGCGGAAACUAAGGCGAAAUGCAUCUACGAGCAGGUCCCCAAGGAACAUUGGGAUAUGCCCGACUUCAUCAACAAGGACCUCUUCCGCGAGUCGGCUGAGAUGCUGAAGGAGAAGGGCAUCCAGUACAGCGACAAGGUUUCCUAUCACAACAUGUGCCGAUGGAACAGUGGAAUGUUCUACAAGCACCCUGCCCUCGAGAAGUACCGUUACUACUGGCGUGUCGAGCCCAAGGUUCAGUUCUUCUGCAACGUCGACUAUGACGUCUUCCGGUUCGUGGAGGAUCGCAACAUCACCUACGGUUUCACCAUCAACCUCUUCGAUGCCCCCGAAAGUAUUCCGUCCCUGUGGCCGAAGACGCAGGAAUUCCUUGCCGCCAACCCGACCUACCUGUCCGACAACAACAUGAUGGAUUGGCUGGUGGAUGACCAAUUGCGCCCGGAGCACACGGCUGGUGCCAAUGGAUACUCUACGUGUCACUUCUGGUCCAAUUUCGAAAUCGGAGACAUGGAGUUCUUCCGGGGUGAGAAGUACUCGGCCUACUUCGACUACUUGGAUCGUUCGGGCGGAUUCUACUACGAGCGAUGGGGCGAUGCUCCCGUCCACUCGAUCGCCCUGGGUCUCUUCGCCGAUAAGUCCAAGGUCCACUGGUUCCGGGACAUCGGAUACCGUCACAUCCCCUACUUCAACUGCCCCAACUCGCCCAAGUGCUCCGGAUGUACUCCCGGCAAAUUUUACGAGGGUGAGCCCUGGCUGGCCAAGGAGGAUUGCCGACCCAACUACUUCCAAUUUGUCGGAACGCAUUAA